CGUACACGCACACACACACAGAUGCACACAAACACGCGCGGUGAAUCACGAACACACACUGAAGUGAGACCGCUGUUCCGCGCGCACAACAGAAAACCCGCCGCCGCCGUGCGCGACCCCGCCGCCACGCGCAGGUGUGUCUCACGCAGGGAUUAGUUGGAGCUGAAACCUGUUGAUGAAGCUUCGAGGAUCGAUCAUCGAUAGAUCAGGUGACGAUGGCGAAGGUGAAGCAGGUGGGUUUGUUGGCCGCCGGCUGUCAGCCCUGGAACAAAGAUGUUUGUGCUGCCAGCGGAGAUCGAUUCGCCUACUGUGCUACUCUGGCCAUUUACAUCUACCAGCUGGACCAGCAGUACAAUGAGUUCAAGCUGAGGUCCAUCAUGUCAGAGCACAAGAAGACCAUCACGGCCAUCAGCUGGUGUCCCGACAACCCCGACCUGUUCGCAUCGGCGUCGGCCGACAACCUGCUGAUUGUCUGGAACGUGGCGGAGAAGAAGGCUGUGGCCAGACUGGACAACACUAAAGGCGUUCCGGUGUCGGUCAGCUGGUGCUGGAACUCGGCGGAUGGCAUCGCCUUCGUGUCCCAGCGAGGUCCACUGUACAUCUGGGUCUAUCGAGGCCCGGACCCCGGCGUCACGGUGCACAAAGAAGCCCACUCCUUCCUCUCUGAUAUCUGCCUGUUCAGGUGGCAUCCCACCAAGAAGGGCAAGCUGGUGUUCGGACACACGGACGGAAGUUUGUCGGUGUUUCAGCCAGGCAGUAAAAGUCAGAAACACGUCCUUCGACCGGAGUCUCUGGAGGGAACGGACGAGGAGGAUCCAGUCAGCGCUCUGGAAUGGGAUCCUCUGUCCACCGACUAUUUACUGGUGUCCAACCUCCACAACGGCAUCCGGCUGGUGGACAGCGAGGCUCUGACCUGCAUCACCUCCUUCUGCUUCCCCUCGGCGGCGGCUUCGGUCCAGUGUCUGGCCUGGGUUCCUUCUGCUCCCGGCAUGUUCAUCACCGGAGACUCACAGGUCGGCGUGUUGAGGGUUUGGAACGUGUCGAGGUCGACUCCUCUGGACAGUUUCAAGCUGAAGAAGACGGGGUUCCACGCUCUGCACGUCCUCAACUCUCCUCUGGCAAAGAAAGCCAGGAGCUCCGGUUCUCCCAGUAGAAGUCAACACACCAGUUCCACCAGCGAGGCGGUUCCUCCCCCCACGCUGUCCCAGAAUCGGUCCUUCUCCCUCCCCCCGGGCCACGCCGUCUGCUGCUUCAUGGACGGAGGAGUGGGGCUCUACGACAUGGCUGCCAAGAAGUGGGACUUCCUGCGAGACCUGGGUCACGUAGAAACCAUCUUCGACUGUAAGUUCAAGCCGGAUGACCCCAACCUGUUAGCCACCGCUAGCUUCGACGGAACCAUCAAGAUCUGGGACACCAACACGCUGACGGCCGUCUACACCUCACCUGGAAACGAAGGGGUGGUCUACUCUUUGUCCUGGGCCCCAGGAGACCUGAACUGUAUCGCCGGAGCCACGUCUCGUAACGGAGCAUUUAUCUGGGACGUCCGGAAGGGAAAGAUCAUCACCCGCUUCAACGAGCAUGGAAAAAACGGGAUCUUCUGUAUUUCGUGGAGCCAUAAGGACUCUAAGAGGAUCGCCACCUGCAGCGGAGACGGGUUCUGCAUCAUCAGAACCAUCGACGGGAAGAUCCUGCACAAGUACAAACAUCCUGCUGCCGUGUUUGGAUGCGACUGGAGCCAGAACAACAAAGACAUGAUAGCAACCGGCUGCGAGGACAAAAACGUCCGGGUUUACUACCUGGCCACCAGCUCAGACCAGCCUCUGAAGGUCUUCACCGGACACCUGGCCAAGGUGUUCCACGUCCGCUGGUCUCCUCUCAGGGAAGGAAUCCUGUGCUCCGGAUCAGACGACGGAACUGUUCGUAUCUGGGAUUACACUCAGGACGCCUGCAUCAACAUCCUCAGCGGCCACACGGCUCCAGUCAGAGGCCUGAUGUGGAACACCGAGGUUCCUUAUCUCCUCAUUUCAGGCUCCUGGGAUUACACCAUCAGAGUGUGGGACACCAGAGACGGGACGUGUCUGGACACCGUCUACGACCACGGAGCCGACGUCUACGGUCUGACGUGUCACCAGAACCGACCCUUCACCAUGGCCAGCUGCAGCAGAGACAGCACGGUCCGGCUCUGGUCCCUCACACCCCUUAUCUCCAACCUCCUGCUCAACGUCCUCACAGACCGGCCCUGGGAGAAGAUCACUGGAAACACGGACACUGCGAUGGUUCCUGGUUCUCCGGCGCUACUUUGUGGAAAAGUUUCCCGAGACAUCAAGCAGGAGCUGGACAAGCUGAGCGUGGACAUCCGGGCCAAGAAGCUCCGCUGGUUCUCCGAGUGCUUUUCGCCUCCAGGGGGCAGCAGUAACCUGUGGGACCUGGUGUCGGUCAUCAACGGUCAGGACGACUCGCUGCUUCCUGCCGGCUACAGUAAAGGAGUGAUGCACAUGAAGCACCUGCUCAAGUUCAAAACGUCUGAAGCCCAGGAGCUCACCAUCGUGAAGAUGUCCAAGUUCGGAGGAGGAAUCGGAGCUCCGAGUAAAGAGGAGCGGCUGAAGGAGGCGGCAGAUAUCCACCUGAGGCUGGGGCAGAUCCAGAGAUACUGUGAGCUGAUGGUGGAGCUGGGGCAGUGGGAAAAAGCUCUUUCUGUGGCACCAGGAGUCUCCAUGAAGUACUGGAAGAAACUCAUGCAGAGGAGAGCCGACCAGCUGAUGGCGGAGGACAAUGACGACGCCAUCCCGUACUGUGUCGCCACCGGAGACAUUAAGAAGCUGGUGGCGUUCUUCAGCAGCAGAGGACAGCUGCUGGAGGCCUUACUGAUAGCUCAGGGAGCGUGUGAAGGAAACAUUCGAGCUCCUCAGAGUUCCUCCGUCAACCACACGACCAACGACGUGGACAACAGACAGCAGUACCAGAGCCUCCUCCACCAGGUCUGCCAGGAGCUGGCUGAGUGGUACUUCCAGGACGGAUGCUCGGUGCUGGCGGCGUGCUGCCACCUGGCCGUCGACAACAUCCAGCUGGCCAUGACCAGUCUGAUCCGAGGGAACGAGCUGGAGCUGGCCGCAUGUGUGGGCAUCGUCCUGGGAGAGGCGGCCAAUCAGAGCACAGCUUACUGCCUGAAGCUGCUGGCCAGGAAGUACAUGGCCACGCCCACAUGGGAACUUUCUGCCGACCUGUUGGGAAUGAUUCCAGACAACCAUAUCUUAUUGGCCAAACUGUGCGCCUUUUACCCAGGAAGCACCGCCGAAAUCAACCAAUUACACGAGAGGUGCCAGCUCCCGUCCAUGGAGGAGUGUAAGAGGCUGGCAGCAGCAGCCGAACAUGACGGAGAUCUAUUCUCAGCCGUUAAAUUCCAUCUGCUGAGCUGUGAUCCCGAAGACGCUCUUCAGAUCGGCAUCCAGCACGUCAAAGAACAGCUGGCCGGAUCUGAUUGGACGGUGGACAGCGUUCAGCCAAUCCUGGACCUGCUGAGUUACAUCAGAACCGACCACCUCGUCGCGGCCAAACUGACCGAAGUUCGCAGUGAGCUGCUGAUCCUCUGCGGCUACAUCGGCGCCCUGCUGGCCAUCAGACGCCACUACAGCAGCAUCGUACCCGCCCUCUACGAAUACACCAGUCAGCUGCUGAAGAGGAGGGAGGUCAGAGUUCCUCUGAAGAUCGAACAGCUGACGGUGGAGCUGGAGGCCUGGAGAGCUCAGAGCAACAACAUUCCUCCGUCAGAGACUCAGAGAGACGAGUUCAGUCGCCUCCAGAGGAGAAUCCAGCCGACAGACUCAGCUGCCUUGGUUCUGUCCGGUGCCGACUACGUGACCGGAUCCAACCUGCCGAGCCACUCAGACCUGCAGCUGUCCUGCUUCACCGGCCAGAGGAUCCAGGGUCCAGUGUUCCUGCUGGAGGACGGUAAAUCGGCCAUCUCCCUCAACGACGCGCUGAUGUGGGCCAAGGUGAACCCGUUCUCUCCGCUGGGAACCGGACUUCGCAUCAACCCGUUCUGAGAAUGAAGCUCUGCAGAGCAAACCAAGAGGCCAACUGUACCUUCAAACACGCUGGUAGACUUUGUAAUUUUGAUAUCGCUUAGCGUAGCGAUGAGAAGGUAGCCAACGGCAGCCGUCAUGUUUCAUCUGUGAGGAGGGUUCUUAUUGGACGGGACGGUCGGUAGGACUUCCUCCUUUUCUGCAGCUAACAGUAUGAGCAUGUAAAUACACAGGGUAUAAAUCUAUCGUUGUAAAAACAGAACACUGGAAUAAAGCAAAACACUGGAUAUUUAAA